UGCCGCCCUCCUACGAGGCGGCCGUCAAAGCCGAUGUCAGCCGGUUCUCGUCCCUGAAGAAACUCAGUAGGUCCAAGUUCACUGCACUAAUGCAAGAGUAGGCUCCCUGCCCCGAUGCCCUGCAUGAUAAAAAUACUGCAUUAAGUGUGCUUUCCUGACUCCUGACUGGGACUUACUGAGGGGCUCCGAAGGGUUUCAGCUGUGAAAAUGAUUUGCCUGCUGUACUAAGGACAUCAAGCAGUAGAGAAAUAGUACUUUCUUCUGGAGAUUUUUGCAGCUCCCGUUUGAAUAAACAUUUCAGUGGAUGGAGAACCAUGAAUCAGUAUCAGAAAAUACCCAUUUCUCAACUGUGAUCCGUCAUGAAAUCAGCGUAGUCAUCUCAAGAAACUAUGAGUCAUUGAUAUUCCAUGCUUCCCUUGUCUCCACUUAAAGGCUGCAGCCACUAUUUCUCUCGGAGCGUAUAAGUACAUUAAGCGGCUUCUUGUGCCUGGCCCGGCUCGGUAUUGAUUUAGUGGUGCUACGCUGGAUUUCUGCUGCGUAAUGAGGUCUCAUCUCAUGACAUUCUCUAAAGUGGAACGCAAAUAUUCCUUAAGGCUUGUGUAAUUUCAUCAUGCCUGCCCCACUUCAUUGCUGGCUCGCAGUCAAAGUGAAGGAUGACGAUCUACAACUCAUCCCGUCAGAGCUCACUCCACACUGGCUCCCACUCGUAGCUGCCAGGCACCAUUUCAAACAAAAUGGCAAAACGGGUUUGCAGGAUGCACUAUUUACUGGUUCUCAGUUGCAGAAGAAAAAAAAAAAAAAACGAAAAAUCCCUGCGCUUGAAGAAUGCUUGUGAGAAUUAACAUAAUAGUUUUUGAUAAGCAGUAAGAGAAAACCAUAUGAAUUCAGUUGUCAGAGAUAGUAGCCCGACGGAAGAAACAGUGUUAAAAAAGAAAAAUAUCCUUAAGCAGUGUCCCUCAGUCUUCACAACUUUCUUUCUGCUUCCAAAGCAAAUUAUUUGUUGCAGCAAACAGCCAAAAGGCUCUGCAGUUUCUUUUUGUUGCUCAACUAGUGUCUGCACACUGAUAGAUCAUGUUGGAUUGUGCUGGAGGGAAGAUAGAGCAGCUUUUUCAUUGUUGGGAUAAUAAAAGAGAAGAAUGCUACUGCUUAUUAAUGCAAAUUGGUAUCAAACCGAAGAAAAGCAUUUAGCCCGUUGCAGCUCAGGACAGUAUACAUCACGAGUUAUUCAUUCACUGUAUGGUAAUAUGGUUGAUGAGUUUGCAAUGCCCUGCGCAGAUCUUGAAGACUAUUAUGCGUGAGAAAGGAACAUCUUGUUUUUAUUAUCUCUCAUAAUGAAUCGAUUUGCAGCAAGCACCCGGGGCUCGCUGCUGAAGGGGAUUUUGGCUGAGUGUAAUCUUGACAGGUGGUGUGAACACUGUUGCUCCCAUUAUUGACAAAAAGAGACUCAGACUCAUCUGUAAAUUCUCAAUAAGGUGGAGGGGUUCUGCUCUCCAUAAUUUAUUUCUAUCAUAUAAAUGAUAUUAGUGUUCACCUCUGACUUAGUGUGAUUGUUAAACAUUCAUGCUGGUGUUCAGAGAGAAUAAAUAAUCAGCUUCUUUGUAACGAUGGACUUAUAAAUGUUUCCAUUUUUGAAUAAUUCAUGCCGCAUUUCAUCAUUUCGUCAAGAUGUCUUACAGAGUUUGUGUAAAUGUGCGACACAUCUUUAUGCAUGGUUUUGUGUUUGUGUGGCAUGAAGUUGGUGCUACAUUCACUACUACACUCUACUGUGUCUGGAAAUGUAUUCUUCUCUUUCUGAUUUGCUUCCAAAUGCAUGUUAUAGUUGUUUGUACACAUGAAUUAGUAUAAAAAACAUCCACUCAAGGACAUGAAACACUUGCAGUUCUCAAUGUGAAGUGAUGCAAUAAUACAAUUAGCUUUCCAGCAUGUAUAUAUGAGGUGCCUGCGUGCUUCCGUCCAUAUCUGUAUGAAAUGACAAUGUUUGUUUAUAGACUUUCACAUGACCUUUGAAAAGUUUACCCCCACAGCCAGAGCUGCCAGUAGAAUUCCCGAUGAAGCCUGGAUGUGUGGAUGUUAUGUGCCUAGCAUGUAAUACGAUCUGACUGCGAUCCUCUGUCUCUCUCUAUUUUCUAUUCCCCUCCAUGAGCUUGGAAAGGUGAAACACAGAUGGGUCCUCCAACAGUAUUCCCUGCAUUGUGUGCAAUGUUCUCCGAUCCCACUUUAUCCGAUUUCUCUCCGUGCAUUCUAACACCUCCUUCCAUUCUACCUUUGCUUUCUCUUGCUUUCACUCUCUGAAUCUCCUCUUCACCUCUUGCUUCUGUUUUUUUUCCUCCCCGUCUCCUCUGCAGCAGAUAAAGAAGUCGACGACUACUACACUCGUAAGCGCCACCUGCCCGACCUGGCAGCGAGAGGCACUCUUCCCUUGCAUGUUCUCAAAAUGAGUCAAGACCAGCACCGGGAACAGCAGCAGCAGCUCCAGAGCCAGCCCCCGCAGUCCUCCAUCUCCCAGGCCCCUCCCCAGUCACAGUCCUCGCAGCAGCAGUCUCAGCAAAGACAGAGGCCUCGUCGUGUCCAGAGGGCCAUGUCCCAGGACCGUGUCCUGUCCCCACAGAGGGCCCAACAACAGGAUUACAGCAUGUCUUCUAAUGGCAUGUCCCCGUAUGGAGGCCGGAUCCUCUCAGAUGAACAGCUCCUGUCCGCCGAACGUCUUCGAUCCCAAGAGCGUCUCCUUCCGCAGGAUCGCCACACCUCCCAAGACCGCCUGUACUCCAAGGACCGCAUGUACUCCAAGGACCGACUGCUGUCCCAGGAUCACCUCUACUCAAAAGACCGCCACUACUCUCAAGACCGCCUCUAUUCACAAGAUCGCCUGUACUCACAAGACCGCCUCCUAUCCCAGGAUCCUCUGCUCUCGCCGGACAAGCUGAUGAUGUCGCUGAAGCGUGGCAUGGUCAGCAGCAUUUCUGGUGGGUUUCGUGGCAGUGACAAGUCAAUGUCACGUGCCAUCUCACACACGGACGUGUUCAUACCAACCACGCCUCUAAUGGAUCGCUACAAGAUGACCAAAAUGCACUCCCAUCCCAGUGCCUCUAACAAUGGCGGCAGUGGUGCUGUGGCGCAAGGCGCGGGAGCAGGAGGCACCGGGCACUCCAACACUUUAGCCAUGAACCAGACUACAUCUAAGAGGCAGGCGUUUGCCUCGAGACGGACUCACACUGUGGAACAGCUCCACUACAUCCCACAGCACCACCAGCAGCAACAACAGCCACAGCACUACCGCACAGGCAGCAAGACUGAGGUGACUGUGUAAUGGCAGCCAGGGACUUCCUGAACUGCACAGAAAGAAGCACUGUUGUGUGCCAGGGGAUGGGGGUCAGGUUGAUUGAGAUAGGUGGGUACACUGGCCUUCUAAUAGAGUAGGAUGGGUGCAAUAUCACUUUCUUUGACUGAGGUUCCUGCAAAGUCAGAGAUACCAGGACCAAGAACAUCCACUAGCUUACUGUGAGAGACCGGAAAAACGAGCUACACUGUACAAUGCAUACACAGGCCCUGUAUCUGAAGCCAGAGAGGGUUGUGGAUGGGGGAGGUGUAGUAUUAUCCAGCUAACUUGCCUACUAUUAUUUCCACUGUCUUGAUUACCCUAUUCAUCCACAGGCUCCGGCCUCAUUCUGUGUGUGUUUUAGUGAGAAAACACUGAUCGUGUCUGUUUAAGCCUUUAUCGGGCCCCUUUGUCCAACAAAUCUAUUCUGUGACCUUUUCUGGUAAAUCUUAAAGGGCUUUGCAUGGUUAAACACAAGGACCGAAUUCCUCCGUGACUUCUGUUGUGCAACACAACGCCACCACAGGUGAUGAACUAGGAUGAGCCUGUAAUAACUUUAUAAAUAUAUAAAUAAAUUAAUUAAUUAAUUUAAACACCAUUUGUACGCCCUGUCCUACUCAUAGCUCUAGAGAAUCUCAAUGAGAGAAAAUGAAAUGGAUGUUAUUAGCACUUCUAUUUGGUGCCUCUGACAGAUGUUCCAUUUCUAAAAUCGAAGUGGUUUUGUGGGUUACAAAGCACAAUCAAUUAAAAAAAUUCUGUUCUGUUUUUGAUUUUGUUUCUGAGUUUGAAUAGUGAUGGCUAGCUUGUUUUGUUAUUAAAGCAAUGGCAGGUUUUUUUCUUUUUGCUUCCAGUAGACGAUUGUAAAUAAGCUAUUCUAGAAGCAGUACUAUGGACAAGUCUGUACUGGAUGGACUUUGUAUUAGACUGUCUGUUUUCAAUAGAUUCUUAAAAAAACAACUAUAAAUUAUCACUGUUUCGUGAGUUCAGAAUAGAAACCCACUUAACCAAGUAUUUGACAGAAUAAAUUAAUACUAUACUGUGUGUGUCUUUGCAAAACUGUUUGUAGGACGAGAAGUGAAUGAAUGUGUUGUUGAUAACAGAUAUACCACUGUUCAUACUUGGAUGUAGACCGUGUUCCAUUGACAUCAGAGGAGUUGAACAUCAUGGAAAAUGGAUUAUAAUGCUUGUUCAAGUAGGGUCAAAUAAACCAUCCAUAUUUUUCUAAACAUUCAACAUCGUUCUUUGAGAGAUGUCUGUGUUUGUAUUUCCUUCAAAAAAGGAUACACCACAUUACAACUGUA